AUGUCGUUAGAAAAGGAACCCUUGGGUGCUGAUUAUAAUCGUCGCAAAGUUCUUUUAGCUUACAAUCCAAAUUCAAUAACAAAUUCUCAACAUCUUUAUGAGUGGGCAGUUUCAAAUAUUCUUCGACCCAACUUGGACCACGUUUACUUAAUUUCAGUCAUCAAUACGCCAAAAAUAUAUUACCCCACAACCGAUAUGUGGACGCUCGGUCUGGGUUAUUAUCCAAAUAAUUCUAACUUUGAUACAUUGGACGAUGAAUAUAAGAAUUACAUUAAGAAUGAGCAAGAACGUGCUAAUAAUAUGUUAAAGGUUAUUUCCUGUGAAUUAACCCGAAGUAAUAUUACAAGCAAUGUGAUUAUUACGAAAGGAGAUGUACGUGAAGCAUUAGUAAAUAUUUGUAAAUCCGUCAAACCCGAUAUAAUCUUAGUCGCCCCCCCUUCCAAGCGAUCAAAGAUCAUAUUAAAAAGUUCUGUUUUGAACCAUGUCAGGAAACACAUGAAAGAUAUUCCUGUGAUAACUAAUGCCAAUGAUGACUUGCAUCGAAGGGAUGGGAAAGUUUCAAAGCAAAGUAAGAAUUUCACGUGUAAUUAA